AUGCUGUUCAACGGCAUGAAGGAGUCGGACAAAAAUAAGGCCGUGAUCGUAAAAGUUACUGCUGCAGAAAAGGCCGCUUUCCAGGAGAUGCUGCGCUUUAUCUACACGGGCGGCCUAUCGCCGCGGCUGCGCACAGCGGACGCGCAUAUGCGCGAGCUUGUGUCUCUUCUCCUCGUGGCUGACAAGUUUGAGGUUCCGACCUUUACGGGCGCCGUUCUGAAGUGCAUAAGGGAACGAGAGUGGAAAGUCUCCGACGCUGCGACGCUGGCAGACUCGAUCCCUGAGGUGCUGACUGAGCAGCUGCCAGGACUCAAAGCAAUAGUGGUUAAAGCACGCACUUACAUCAUUGACACUUUCAAAGACGUCAGCGCGACUUGGACGUCAGGGGAGUUCCUUGACCUGAGCUGGGGUCAAGUCGAGCUUCUGUUGCAAUCUGACGAGCUCGAAGCGGAUCAUGAGGAAAUUGUUCUGGAGAAGCUUCUCGUCUGGAUUGGCACAUACUUUGCGGACUUGAACGAGAGGAAGUGGGCCGUUGCGAGGCUUGCGCCGCACUUAAGACCGCGUUCUUUUGGAGAGGAGUUUCUGAACAGUGCGCUUUUCCGCCUUCCGGAGCUGGACCUCGUCCGGGACGACAUUCGGAAGAGUCUAGGCACCCUGAAGUCGGCAGAGGAGGAUGCGGAGAGCUUCCCUCCCCGGCAAAGCAGUAGGCUUGAAAUAGCCGAGUCCGUCCGGCUAGAUAGUGACGGGACGAUAGCAAAGUCGAAGUCGGUGCGCUGGUUAGGACAGCUGUGGCGUUUGCAAAUUCAAAAAGACUCCCGAAGCUGUCCGCCGACUGUGGGCAUUUUCUUAUACGUCGGUGCGCCGGCGACCGAGCUUGAACCAAGCAUCGAAAUCAGGAUCGACUUCCUCGUCAAAACAUGGCCUGGAAAAACGUGGAAGCAGAUUCACGGGUCAGAUGUUAAGACCGGCGCAUAUUUCGCAGAGAACCACAGCUCCGGCUAUAAGGACGCGCUCGAUAUGCCUUGGGAUCAAGCAAUGCAAGCCAAGGAGUACUUGGAUCCCGCAGGCUGCGUCUGUUUCAAAGUCGAAGCGCAGCGAGUAAAGAAGGCGCCAAAGGGAUACAUCGAAGUGUGA